AUGGAGGGUCUAGACAAGCUAUAUCCCCUUGAAAAUUUCGAUAUUUCCGAAAAAGAUUUUCAGGACAAAUUUAUUACCGCUGCUGGACCGAUUAGUUUAUUUGCAACUGGGAACGACUCAGAUGAUAUUGCAGCCGAAUUACAACAUGAAAGAACGCUGACCCCAAUCCAGGAUGCCUUGGUAUCCCUGCCGGCAAGUUUGAAUAAUUUUCUUCAAAUUCUUCGCCCUCGAAUUCGACCGAAAGGAGUUCUUGAAUAUUUAACUGUCAAUAACCAGCAAGAAUUCGUUACCGUUAUUACUGGAGAAAUUAGUAAUAUAUGGCCGGAUUUACAAGAUGUCGCACAUGACCCUUAUUUAGAUGAAGAAAGCAAUUUCCAGUUAAAAAGGCGAAUUAUGAUGAAUAUUAUUAUUACAGCAGAGGAAUUAUUCCAUAAGUACUUGGACAGCGCAGAGACUUUAAACAAACGUGGCGUUUUCAGUGCAGCUGCUAAUUCAAGCCGUUUACAGGCCCAAUUAGCAAUUGAGGCACAUAAGAGAUUUAACGUCUUAGCUCUUCGUCGUGUUAUUCUGGCUGAAAUGAAAGCAGAGCAAAGUCUGUUUAGCGCCAACAUCAACAAUGAGAAAGUGAAGAGAGAGCGAGGAUUUACUAAACUAGAACGAAGAGAUUUUCACUUGGAAAAGUCGAUAGAAGCAGAAGUAAAUGAGCUUAAAUCAAAGAUGCCUUCAAUUCCCAAGCAUUAUCAACAUUAUGAUGAAUUAUCGGCACUCUAUGGAAUUGUUGAGUCCGAGCAAAGCAAUACAGGAAUAGAUGUUUACAAUGAAAGUGAAAUGAAUGAGGCGGGGCAAGAGAGUACCUUCAGUGAGGAAAUCGAGCCAUUCACCAAUUUCGGUCUUCGGCGUUGCGAAUCUAUGCCAAAGCUAAAUCGAGGGAAUACUGAAGAUUUUGCUACUGAAUGUGGCUUAGAUGGGGAUGAAGUUCGGCGUCUUGGUCCAGAAAUAUAUCCAGGCGGUACAAUUACUAAAACUACUAGUGUUGAUCAACUUGAUCUGAUCGGCAUUUAUGACAGUGAAAAUAAAAAUGCAACUUCAUCUGAAGAGGAUUAUCAGUCCAGAUUUGGAACUCGCGAAUAUAUUGCAGAAGAUCUGAGGAGAUUAACUGCGACGCAUAACGUUGAGUCAGCUUUAGUUGAUAUUAAAGAUGAAGAUGCAGAACUACCUCCGCUUCUUCAGGCUUUAGUAAAAACUUAUGUCCAAACUACGAAAAGAACUAAAACUGAGAAGGUUAAAGUUGAAAUUCCGGUUAAGAAAGUCAGUUCAGUUUUAGAUACAAGAGAAAUUAAAUCCAAAACACCGAUGGGAGCUCGCCGAAGUAGUGUUGCUGCUGCUUUGCUUGAUCUUAAUUUAAAAUCUCUGGAUUCAAGACUGAAAUCAUCAUCAAGUCGGCGUUCGAGCAGUAUUCAAAGUCCAGUUUUGGAGAGUUUAUUGCCGUCUCCAAAACGUCAUUCAUUAGCUGAUGUCGAUGAAAAUUUACAAGAAGGUCUUAUAGACGCAACUUAUGCAUUUAAACUUCAAGAAGUUAUUGAAGAAGAUGAAGCUGAUGAUAGUGAAACUCAAACUGAGACCGCUGUCGAUAAUUUCCAGGAAGUUCCUCAACCUGCAGUAUUCCAAAUGAAAUUAUUCGAUAAAUCUACAGUUCGAUUAGCUGACGUACGAGUUUCAAAUCGAGUUUCAAAUACGUCUUUAACUCUGGAAUGUGUACCAACGAUUUAUAACGAUAUGACAAGCGAGAUCGAUAAUAAAACUGUCACAUGGCUGGAUCGUAAUCUUUUUGUUGGAGAAGAAGUGAAGAGUGUUUAUGAAGAAGUCAUGAAAUCUAUUGAUAGAGAUCAUUUAAUUUUUGAUCAGGGCGAUAAUCUUGAACCAUGCCCGGAAAGUAUCAAUUUAUCUGAUUUCAUGAUAUCAGCAACAUUAAAGCAAAAACCUAGGCAUAGAAUCAUUAACAGAGGUUUACAGUCGAAUAAGAAACAUUUUGGGAGGCAUACGGCAGAAAUGUGGGCAAAACGGGAUCGCUUGCUGGAACAACGAAUGAACAUGAAAGAUAUUCUUAAAGCCGAUCCAACUAGAUCGAAUCAGAACAAGGAAUUACGAGCUUAUGCCUCAUGGCUUGCAGCAUGGAAAUCUCACAUCAGCUCUGGUGAUUACGUUAAAUAUUUAUCUCAACAGGAAUCGGAUUUUCUAUCAGUUUUAUUUCAUUUUUAUAAUUCGGAUGAUGAAGAUAGCGAUGAAGAGGAUAAAAGAUGUCAACCCGAUCCAGAAGAACUCGAAAGACAGAGAAUUCAUCAAGAGAAAUUACAGAAUGCACUCAAUCUGAAAUCAGUAUACGAAUCUGGAUACUGGAAUGUUAACACAGUUGCUUUAGGCGGUUUAGGACAGGAUCCUGACGUUGAUGUUGAGCCAGUUCCUCAAUCUGAUAAAGACGGUAAACUUUCCGCUUAUAGGGCGAGAAGAGAUCCAACGAGAUUAAGCAAAUCGUCUAAAACUUUAAGCCUACAAGACCGACUAUCCAAUGUUUGGACAUCGCUGUGGUUACCGGAAGCACAUAGAAUUGAUAUGGCACUUAAAUAUAGCUCAGAUAAAUUUAGAAAAGAUCUUGAAAAGGUUGUCAUUGAUUGGGAAGAAGUUACCGAUAUCAUAUUGCGUCGUGAAAGUAUUAUUGCUCGAUUGGAAGCUUUUGAAAGGACAGCAUCCGAUCCAAAACGUUUCUUCCUAAAAGGUUCUAAAGGAUCCUCAGUACAUCGAUUGACUGAAGCAAAGGAAAGAAGCCAGUUGUAUAAUACAUUACAAGAAAUUGAGCCGCAAAUCACUGACACAGUACAAAAAAUUGAAACGAAAUAUGGAGAUGUUGUUGCUUAUCAGGGACGACCAUACUUGGAUAAAAUUAAGCGGGAUAAAGUAGAAAUGCUCUACUGGUUACAUCAAGAACGAAGGCAGGCUGCCAUUGAAAAUGAUAUUAGUAAUCAAUUCCAUAGGGGAUCACCUAAUCGUCUACCUGAAUUAAUGGCCAUCGAUGCUAAUGCUCUAUUAUAG